AAAUCAGACAAGAGAUAUAGAUAACGUCCACUUCAGAGGCAAUGCAAGUCGAAUAUUUUAUGGUUUUGUCGUUUCUCCUUUGAUAAGAAAUCUAAUCGCCCCUGUCCAGCAGGGGCCACAACAAACUGUCCAAAUUUUCUAAGGCAGUGCAAGUCCAGCUGCUGGUGGCGUUGAAAGAUGAUCGCAGGAUUAAUUUACGUUGCCGCUUUUUGCGGCGUCUGCUUGGCGCUUUUAGCCGCGAUCGGCCUUAUCGUGUAUUUCGCAAAGUACAAACAUAUUCUGGAUGUGACCAGCAACAUUUCAAGUCCACCUACCCUACCUUUGAUUGGUCAUGGACACCAUUUCCUCGGCAAGCAGUCGCACGAAUUUGUGCAGGUGUUUAAAAAGUUCUGUUUGGAGUACGGACCCACGUAUAAGCUGUGGAUUGGACCAUCGUUUCACAUACUCCUGGGCGAUGUCAGGGAUGUCGAAGAGGUCCUAGGUUCCACGCGAUUCAAUGACAAGGCCCACGAAUAUGCAGCGUUGGAGCCAUGGCUAAACGAAGGGUUGCUUCUCAGUAGCGGCAGGAAGUGGCAUUCGCGCAGAAAGGUCCUUACACCGGCUUUCCAUUUUAAAAUUCUGGAAAAUUUCAUUGGGAUCUUUGAGCGCGAGUCCCGUGUGCUGGUUGAGAAUUUGGACAAGGAGUAUCGCAUGCAUUCGGACGAGGGAUUCGAUUUGUAUAAUUGGGUGAAUUUGUGUACCCUGGACACAAUAUGUGAAACGGCAAUGGGCGUGUCGGUUAAUGCCCAAACCAAUGCCGAUUCCGAAUAUGUGAGAGCCGUAAAAACCAUUGCCAUGGUAUUGCACAAACGUAUGUUUGACAUAUUGUGUCGUUUCGAGUUGACCUAUCGCUUCACCAGACUGGCCCGUGAGGAAAAAAAGGCAUUGGCCGUUUUACACGGCUUCACCGAGAAAGUGAUUGUCCAAAGACGUGAAGAACUGUUGAAAGCCCAAGAAGCGGGAAAACUUGAUGCCGCCGACGAAGAUACCGGUUCGAAGAGGAAAAUGGCUUUCCUUGACAUUUUGUUGCAAUCGCAAGUGGACGGCAAGCCCUUAACAAACAUGGACAUCCGCGAAGAAGUCGAUACGUUCAUGUUCGAGGGACACGAUACGACGUCUUCGGCCGUAACGUUCUGCUUCUACAACUUGGCCAAUUAUCCGGAAUGUCAGCAGAAAUGCUUCGAAGAAAUAGUACAGGUGUUGGGUAAGGACAAGUCGAAACCCGUAACCUUUGAAGACCUAAAUAAUUUGCACUAUUUGGAUUUGUGCAUCAAGGAGACGCUGCGUAUGUUCCCCUCGGUGCCACUGCUGGGCAGGAAAGUGACAGAGGAAUGCGAGAUAAAUGGUAAAAUUAUUCCCGCUGGUACCAAUAUUGGAAUUUCCCCCCUGCAACUGGGUCGACUGGAGGAGUUGUUCCCCGAUCCGGACACCUUUAAACCGGAACGCUUCGAGGCAGGCUAUAGCACAGAACGGCUAAACCCUUACGCCUAUAUACCCUUUUCGGCAGGACCACGCAAUUGCAUUGGACAAAAGUUUGCCGUCUUGGAAAUUAAAACCAUUUUGUCCAAUGUCCUACGUCACUAUUCCGUAGAAUAUGUGGGACCCGGUGAAGAGGAAAUACAUCUCAUAGCCGAAUUGAUAUUGAGAACCAAAGAUCCCCUGAUGUUCAAAAUAAAACCCAGAGUGUAUUAUUAAUAUGUUGUGCCAAUAAAAAAAACGGGGGAGAUUUUAUUGGGAAUCGAUGUGCAUCCCAAAAAAAACCUUUGUGAUUUUCAUAGUUCUGAUGCUGUGCUUGGUUCUGGGCGAUAUAACAAUCGAAAUGAAAUGUGUCAAUGAGCGGACAUCACUUUUCUACAGUUCUAAAGAAAACGAAACAAUGCGGAAAUUUAUGAAUAAAAAUAGCUAAACAUAUUGGGCUGACAUAUAUUUUGCGUUGAAACAUAUAUACAUAAAUAAUGCGCAAUAAUACGCAAACAUUGCUGAGCGAAUUCCACGUUUAGGUGGAGCAUGAAUAUUGUUCGUUGGGAUCAGUAG